AUGCAGAACCCCAGGGUCUGCGACUGGCUCGCUGCGGAAACCCUCGCGCGAUACCUGCGGGCAACCCCGCGGUUUGGAAGGGUAGUUGUGCUGGACCCCGCGUCCAAGAGCACAGCCCUUCUGAACUUGGAGGUCUACUCCGACUCAGACUGGGCAGGGUGCCCAGAAACGAGGAGGAGCACAGACAACAUAGUUGCCUGUCUCGGGGGAGCAGUCAUCCAGACAAGCUGCCAGACACAGCCCGGCCUCCCAGCAACCUCCAGCGGAGACGCGGAGAUCCGGGGAGUGUCGCGAGCAGCAAGGGAGGCCGUCUUCCUACGAGAGCUUGCGGAGAAGGACUUCGCCCUAGCCUGCGGCAUGCCGCGGCUCUGGGCCGACUCCGCAGCUUCGAUCGGAGCCGCCAAGCGCAUAGGACCAGGGUCUAAGUUGAGACACCUGGAAGUUGCAGAAUUCUAUGUACAAGGUGCGCUCAGAGCCAAACUUCUCGAACUGAGAAAAGUUAAGGGAACCGAAAACCCGGCAAACUUCGCUACCAAGCACGCGAAGACUGGACCGGAGGUGCGGCAAUCCCUGCCCUCCAUGGGCAUGGUGGACCUCGAUGCGGUCGCAGGCGCCACCGAGGCUCUGGCCCAAAAGGGCACGAUCAAGUCAAUCCAGGCAAGCCCCUGGAAGAUGAGACCGCCGACCAAGCUCACGAGCUCGGCUAUAGGCUUCCUUGCCUUCCUGUGGAUGCUUUGGGGCUUAGUCUCGUGGCUCUGCAGGUGCAGACGAGACAGGCAGGAGCCGGAGCCCGAAGACGAGAUCGAGCGAGCGGCCACGGAGGUCUGGCUAGGGCCAGAAGCGCCGCAAGAGGCGCAACAACGAGGAGGUGGGCAGCAGCCCAGGGGGGCUCAAGAGCCAGAGCCUGAGGGCGAGCGGACUCCGGGUCCGCCCCCUGUGGCACAAGCGCCACCACCACCGCCGCCCGCUGCACCAAGGGUGCGGCGCAGGCGUAGGGGACCGGAACCCCUUUCGGGGGACGACGAGCAUCUCUACGAGACAGCCCGUGGCGACAAGAUCCAUCUUUUCACCAACUGCAAUGGGCUGAGCUCCGUCCCGCCGGAUCAAAUCCUGAUCGGCUUUCGCUGCCAUUGCGCAGCAGAUCCUCAGAACACCGAGUUCCUCUGGACCGGGUUCGCCUUUCAAGUGGCCACCGGCCGUGUCGUGCGCCGGUACCAUGGCCAACAACGAGGUUGCCCGUUCAUGGAAGGGGCAACUAUCCGACACAGGGUGUGUCUCCACUGCCGCAACGGACACCAGAGCACCAAGCCCGGCAGUGCGGUGAACAACUCCCGCCUAGCGGGUAGCACCGCAGGGCGAGCCUUUCGGCUGCCAGUCCUGUGCGCGGGACGCUCCGCCCUACCAGGGGCGUCUCACCCUCCGACUGCGGGAUGCCCCGCGGGAGGCGCGUUCUCAAACCCCUACCUCUAA